GCAAAGGAAUACGCCGAUGAUCAAAGUAUUAUUAGUUUGGGUUUGUGUCGUUCAUUGCUUUUGAAACAUAACGAACCGAAAAAAUGUGUUUUCUUUGAACAGUACAUGUUCUGUUUAACUUUUGGAGUAUUUGGUGUUAUAAAAUGAUUCAUGGCAUUUUCAAAUAAGCCGUUCGGUAUGUUACAACAAUGAAUGCGGAAUUCCCUUUAUAGCGGAAGUGGAUAUUUACACAGCCGGUUAUAAUUUAUCAGGAGAUUGGUUGUUGUGUGGUGCUUUUUUGUUUUAAGGUACCAAAGAAGAGAAAAAAUGGAUGUUAACAAAAAAAUGAUUCCUGAUAUGUCCAGUCCUGAAAAAGGCAAAAUGGUUUGGUUGAAAAAUUUAAUGAUAAAUUUGAAGAUUGAUUUUAAUAAAAAUAAAACAGUUGAAGCAAGUAAUGAGUUCACCUGUCAAAAUAGGAGGAAACCAUUUGUCAUGAAGACUCUUGCUAUGGAACUAGAUGACACCAUCAACCAAGCCGAUAAUCUGGUCACAUUAAAAGUUUACAUCCCAGACUUACUCAUACAAAAAAACUUCCAGUUCCACAAAGAUGAGUAUAUUUGGGAUAUUAAGCUACACAUAAUAGAUUCACUACCUAAGGAGUUAAAAGAAAGUUUUAACUACGGAGUUUUCUGUCCACCCAUCAAUGGUAAAGCUGGAAAGUUUCUUGAUGAACACAGACCUUUAGGAGACUAUCCAUUUCCUUCUUCAAUAGGUUAUGUAGAGCUGCGUUACAAAAGACGGGUGUACAAAAUGAUGAACGUUGAAGAGAAGCAAAUAAAACAACUCCACACACGACCCAACUUGCGACGAAUGUUGGAUCAUGUAAGUAAUGGUCAAGUGGAAAAGAUAACUAAGAUGUGUGCCAAGGGUAUGGAUCCCAAUUUUCAUUGCCCAGAAAAUGGAGAAACACCUUUGACACUUGCUACAACUCUAAAGCAACCAGCUAAAGUUAUAAUGGCCUUGAUAAAUGGUGGAGCUUUACUUGAUUUCCGAACCAAAGAUGGCAUGACAGCUUUGCAUAAAGCUGUAGAAAGAAAUAACUUAGAAGCAUUAAAAACUUUGUUAGAUUUAGGAGCAUCUCCAAACUAUAAAGAAAGCAAAGGGUUAACUCCACUGUAUUAUACAUUAUUACAUGCUAGUGAUCAUCAGUUAACCGAAACUCUUUUGCAUGAUCAUGCCUUUAUUGGUACUUGUGACCCACAAGGAUGGCAAGAAGUACAUCAGGCUUGCAAGCAUGGAUUGGUACAGCAUUUGGAGCAUUUACUUUUUUAUGGAGCUGAUAUGAAUGCACGUAAUGCGAGUGGAAAUACGCCUUUACAUGUAUGUGCUGUUAACGAUCAAGAAAGUUGUGCAAGGGUACUUCUUUUUAGAGGUGCUGAUAAAAAUGCUCUUAAUUACGCAAAUCAAAAUCCUUAUCAAGUUGCUGUAAUAGCUGGUAAUCUCAACCUUGGCGAGCUUAUUCGAAAUCACAAUCCAGAUGAUGUAGUGCCAUACCGAGAAAUGCCUAGAUAUAAUCCUCGAAGGAGAGCCAGCAUUGCACCAGUUUCUACACUAAGUCGAACUCAUAGUGAUCCACGUCUUGAUUUGCAUCUAGGCAUGAAGCCACCAUCACCCUGUCCAUCUAACUGUUCUUUGCCACCUUUUUCUUCUAUUUCAUGCAUAUCUGAUGCUUCUACUAAUUCAUCAUCAACUUGCACACAGCCUAGUGGAGAAGACAGUGAAGAUACUGCUUCUGGUAGUGUAAUCACAGAAAAAAGCAUCACUAGUGACUCUUCAGGUGUAUGUACUAGUAAUAGUGGUGCAAGCUAUGAAUUUGGUCCAGAUCACUAUAAUGAUGCUUCUAGUUCUUUUCUUCCUGGGACUAAUUGUGUGUGUAUAGAAGACUAUAGUUCCUUAACCCCUGGCCACCUGCAGCUAGUUACUGGUGAGACAGUGGAAGUUAUUAGUGAGGCAGAAGAUAGCCUUAUUUUAGGACGAAUAGAUGGUGGUCAGGUUGGUCUUUUCCCUUCAUCAUGUGUUCAAGAAAUAGCUCCUCGAAUGUUUGAUACUUUGCAGUCUCCUGCUUUUCCUCGAGUUGAGGGAAGAAGAGAAAGGUGUGCCAAACGUGUCAGUACCAUUCCUAGAAGGUGGAAAACAUUCGGUGAGCCCAGAACUGUUAUUUUACACAAAGGAAAGAAAGGAUUUGGCUUUGUUCUUAGGGGAGCUAAAGCUUCAAGUCCUUUAAUGGAAAGAGAGUCCAAUGAAGUAUGGCCUAGCCAAUAUUUAGAAGAUGUAAAUAAAGGAGGGGUUGCAGAUUUGGCAGGACUUAAGAAGGGUGACUUCUUGUUGGAAAUUAAUGGCCAAGAUGUUUCUCAAGCUUCACAUGAACAUGUGGUUUCAAUAAUUCAACAAUCUGGGAAUCUGGUAGCUAUGACUGUGGUUACAUUGCCAUCUGUUGGAACUCCGAUUGAAAAGACUUCUAUGAUGUAUCGGCAGUGUGCUACUCUUCCUCGUAAGCUUAUUUGCAAAAAAGUUAUUAGUGAGGCAGAAGAUAGCCUUAUUUUAGGACGAAUAGAUGGUGGUCAGGUUGGUCUUUUCCCUUCAUCAUGUGUUCAAGAAAUAGCUCCUCGAAUGUUUGAUACUUUGCAGUCUCCUGCUUUUCCUCGAGUUGAGGGAAGAAGAGAAAGGUGUGCCAAACGUUUUAUUGUUUUUAAAAUGUUUAUACUUUAUCAACUUAAUAAUUUUUUUUUCAUUUGCUUAGAGUCUCUUGAUCGGACUUUGAAUGACUAUGACAAUGAACUCAGAUCUGCUAAAAGUAGCUCGGUUGAAAGCAUUCCCAACAAAGCUGGAAAACUGUCUAAUUCUCUCACUUCAAAAACUGCUUCAAUUAAAGCACGACCAAGCUCACAAAGGGUUUCAGCUGUAGAACUUGAACAGUUCUUUGCUCGCCAAGGCUCAAAAAGACACAUACGUAGCUAUACUUUAAAUAACAAAUCACGAACUUCUAACCGUCCACCAAAAGUAUAUGGUAGUGUAGCUGAAAUGAAACGAUCAAAAGCUUCUCGAUCAAAAAUUACUGAAACUGUUAUGAAAGUUGUUCACAAGGAGUUUUUCAGUACUCCAGAUUUGAAAGCAGUGCAGAAUAGUUCAUUUUCUAGUAACCAAAUUGGUGAUAAACGGAGUCUUAGUCAAGAAGAUCUUCAUAAUGUGCAAGGAAGCAGGCAUUCCUGGGCUUGCUCACCUAAUGGUUACAACAAUUAUCUUAGUUUAUGUGAUAGUCAAGACUACAGUUCAAACUAUCGUGAUGCUUGGAGAUCUAUUGAAGAUAUUUAUGAUAGCACUGUGCCUCUUGAAACAAAAGAUGGGAGUUCAGACAUUUAUGCACAAACUUUGCCAUUACCAAAGAGAGAUCCUAACUUUAGAGCAAGUUGUCCACCUCCUUCGCACCCACCACCACCGCCACCUAUGGGACAGGUAGUGAAAGUGGAUGUAUCUAAAUCCUUAGGUGAAUAUGCAAAUGUAAAUAUUAUGGAUGAGGAACCCGAUUCCCAAGUAAUGUCUAGUUUCCGUCCGGGAGACAGUGCCAAAUUAUAUGCUUCACCUGAAAUGGUUGUGAAUGUGGGAUAUAAGUCUGAAACUGUAACUGUGACUAAAGAUGUUUCAAAGCCUCAUCGUGUUGGAGGAGGAUCUAGUCUAAGGUCUCAAUCGCUUCCACCAAAAAUCCCUGUUAGUAAGUCAGAUAAAGGAAGUACUACUUCAUCUGAAGCAGAAAAUAGUGGUGAUUCUGGAGGUUUAUAUUCAACUUUUAAAAAGACUGGUAGACAAAGAGACUCAAUGUCAACAGAUAGUGGACAUGUCUCUGAUAGAGGUACCCCAUGGUCUAUAAAAGCAAAAUCUACCACAACUAGUGCCUAUUCUUCAAAAUUUGAUUUUGAGGAUUCUGAUGCAGGGAGUCCGCAAAAUUAUCCUACUGUUAAAACUCCCAGUCAUGAGCCUUUUAUUCCAGAGCCUGAUUAUGAAAGUAGUGAGGAUGAUUUCAUUCCAACAUCUCUCGACAAAGGGGCAACUCUUUCAACAUUCGGAAAAGGAGACACUAAUGUCCAAGAAGAUAAAGAUUCUUUACAAGUUGAGGAUAUAUCUACACACGAAGAAGGGUCAGAAACGUGUGUUCCGCCAAGUCCCCACACAGAAGCCAAACGUGCCAUACAAGAGGCAAGAGAGCGUUUGCGUUUCUCUCAAAAACCCAUUGACAAAAAUGCCACAGUUGUUUUUAUAAGUGGAAAAAUUACUGAACAUAAAGUUGAGAAAAGUGAAAUUCAACUACAUAGAACUGAAGAGGGUCGAUUAACUGGUACUGUUGUUAUAUCCACAACAAAUGAACCUCAAGAACCUGUUUAUUUAUCUUCCUCAAUAUUAAAAAAUUUUGAAAAUGAAAAGGGUGUUGUUCCUCGCUAUCCUAGCCGUGAUGCUCCCGCAUCUGAGUAUGCCAAGUUUCGUCAGCAGAUUUUAAGUGGCAUGAAUCAGCCAAUAACUAUUGUCGAAUCACAAUCUACAGAAUUCAAUGGUGCUACACAAAGUGAAAGCGUAAACGAUGAAUCAGAUGCUUUUAAGCUAUCUGAUUCAGCAGAGAAGAAGAAAGAAAUUAAACCAAACAUUAUUGAUGGACUUAAAAUAACAUUGACAGGGUCUCAAAAGUGUCCUUCAAACAAUAAAGAAUCUACUUUAAUGAAGAAGCCACCUGAAAUAAAUUAUCUUCAUCCUAAAGAUGCUAGUUCUGAACAGAUUUUUGAAAGCAAUUCGAGUGAUGUCCCAUCUGAUGCAGAUAACCAAAAUGAACAGAUUGGUGUUUCUAGUUCCACAGAUGAUGAUAGCAAAGCUGAAACUGUUGUUCAGGCGCCAAGUUUUGGAGACAAAAAAGAAGAAUCUAGCCCAAGAAUUGAUAUUAAAGCUUCUACCCUAAGAAUUGACAAUAAAGCUUCUAGCCCAAGAAUCGAUAAUAAAACUUCUAGCCCAAGAAUUGAUAAUAAAACUUCCAGCCAGAGAAUUGAUAAUAAAGCUUCUAGCCCAAGAAUUGAUCAUAAAGCUUCUAAAAUCAAAUCUCAUAGGGAAAAUAAGGAUCAGUUUUAUAUGUCUCAUCAAAAUGAACCGUCAAAUGAGAGAAACAUGAAAGACAAUAUUGCUUUAAUAGCUAGUGAAUUACAAAGGACUCUGGGGAGUUCAGAAUACAAAAGCAGGAAUAUCCGAGAAAAAUCUCAUCACUCGGAAUCGACAAAAAGUGCAAUACAAAGUGAUAGGAGAAGUGAUAGAAGGCCAACAUCUCAUUCUUCUCCAUCAAACAGAAUCACAUCUGAAAAAAGGCAUAAGCCUAGCUCAACUGAAGCCAGUCUUGAAGAAAGUCUAGAGGUUCUGAGAUUGCAAGUAAAUUCACUUGGUUUAUCUUCUAUUAAUGAAGUUGAUGUGUUUACCGAAUUAGUUCCUCCACCACCAGAGUUUGCUGCUUCAAUGGAGGCAGCAGUUUCAAAAAAAGAAUCUUACUCAUCUUCAGAAAUAGCGAUUGCUCCACCUCCUGAGUUUUCUGACAAUUCUCCACGUUCAAGAAAUAAAAGCUCCCAUCGAGUUUCAUCAAAUACUCACCAGAGAAGGAAUCACCCCAUAAGUUGUCAUUUAAAUACAUCUGCAAAUGCUGUUGACUUAGCAUUUUUAGCUUCUCUGCAAAAUAAAUCUCCAAACAUAAUGCAAAUGAUAAGAGGAGAUAGAAAAACCCAUGUUAGUAGCAGUAGUGGAAGUGUAAAUGUUCAUCUACCAUGUACAAGUGACCUACGAUAUUUACAGCCCAAUAUAUCUGAUCGAUCUGCGUAUCGUGACAGUUCAAGUGGUGAUGUAACUCGUUUAAAAUCUGUACAGAAAGAGUUCCGCUUUAAAUUAUUGCAAGAAUGGACUUCUAAUGAUAUAGCAGACUGGUUAGACAGUUUAUUUCUACCCGAAUAUAAGCAGCGGUUUUCUGAAGCUGGUAUUACUGGAGCUAAAUUAGCAAAUAUGGACAGCAAUGACCUGAUGGGGCUAGGUGUUAAACAAAUGGGUCAUAGAUUAAAUAUGGAAAGAUCUUUAAAAAGGUAUUUAAAAUAAAUAGGGUAUUUAGUAUAUUCAGAGUAGCUAUGACUUUAGCUGAAUUCAGCUGUCAAAAUCAAACGAAUAUUAAAUAGUUUUGUGAUCAUUAAAAUCUAUGUAGUGUUUUUCUCUUAAUAUUGUUCCAAAAGCUGAAAUUUCUUAAAUUCAUUUUUAUAUUUCCCUCAAAGCAAAGAUCUAGUUGCAUGUUUUGGAAAUAUUUUAACUUAGAGAAGUUUUGUUUGAACUAAAUCAGCUUGAACAAAUGUAGAGAGUAAUAAAUACUAUAUUUAUUGAAAGAGUCAUAUAUGAAAGGGCCCUUAUUGUACAGUUAUUAUAUAUAAAACACAUUAUUUUGAAAAUUGUAAUUAAGUGUUAUAGUGCAUAUAUUUAGAUCAUUCACCCUUUUAAAAUGAUUCAUAUGUAGAUAAAAAAAAAUAUUAUUGAAUGAAUUUCAAUGUUGCCAGCUGCAUAUUUUAA